AUGUGCUCUGUUUGUGGUGAACUCAUCCUUUACAAGAAUAAUUUCCCUGUACUCUUCAUCUUCGUCAACGUGACUGUUGUGGAGGAAGUCAGCUGGGGAGCGAUCCUCUUCUACAUGGAAGAGCCCAUCACCCCAGCCAUCAGGGUUGUCUUCGUCGAUUAUGAUGAUGUUCUUGUCAUUAUUGGUGGCGGACAGUAUGACUCUUUGCAGUAA